AUGGUUGAGAAAUUCAUCAGAGAGAAGAGUAAUACUGAAUUAAAUCUUCAAGAAGCUCAACAGGAAAAAUUAUUGAGGAAAAUUGAUGAAGAAAUUGCACCGCAAUUUUCAAGAAUAUUUCUUUGUAAUAAUGGAGGAAAGAAAGUUUCGUCUCCUUCCUCGCCCUCUUCGCCAACAAGUUCAAAAAGCUCCAAGUCAACCGAAAGCUAUGAAUCUUUCAGUAACCAAUCUGUUGAAUCAAUAAUAGAACAAGAAUUGCAGAGCUAUCUCAAUAUUGUCGAUCCAGAUGUAUUAUUUAAUGAAAUUGUCAUAUCAGUGAAUGUUGAUUUAAAGCUGGAUCAAUUUCCACGAUUUUCCAGAAGUAAAUUUCUCCUUGAUUUCCUUAACAAGCAAGGUGAAGCUUUCACCAGAUCCAUAGCCAUCGAUGUGUCCAGAGGAUUUCACGUGGACAUUCGAUUUCUCCCAAAAGAUUUAUCCAAAAACUUUAUCUACGACAAGGACAUUUUCUUUGGAUUUAGUUUAAUUGAAGAUUCACCAGAUUGGCAAGUCAUUCCUUGCUCUGCCAUGUCAAACCAAGCUCAACUCUACCACUCCAACACAUCCUACAUAUUUGGAAAUAAUGCAACUGGUAUGAAACUCUACAAGAUGGUCACAAUUCUGCCCUACAAACUGGAAGAUGUCUUUUCAGCAUUUUGUUUCAUUCAAGGUGAAGACACUGGAGAUCGAUUGACUGAAAAUCGAAUCAUUGGAUCAAAUGCUCCCAAACAGGCCAUGUCCAUGACUGGAGUGGAUGAGAAGACUAAUCCACUUGCCAUUCGAUAUGUCACUUCAUCAUUGAAAUUGUUACUUCCUGGACUAAAGGAAAGAGAAUUUCCAAGAAGUUUAACUUGUGUCUAUGAUUGUGGAUUGGAUGCUUAUAUUAAUGUUGGACACACGAGUCGUUAUUCAUUUCAUGAUGUGUCGAAAGAGAGAGUGGAGAUGGAUAUGUUCUUUGUAAAUAUCAUGUAUCGAAUAGGAGAUUCGACAAGAUUCGUAUAUGUUAUUUACAGUGAUGCACAUACGCCCAAGGUAUUGGAUUCGAUGUUUGCAAAGGCUCAUUGGAAACAACGUUGUGUGAGAUUGGAACAAACAUUCUUUCAAUUAUUACAAACUCACCAAACAAGUGAACUUUCAGAUAAUUUUAAACUAAAAGAACUAGUUGAAGAAAACCUGAAAGCACAUCCUCAAAAAUCAUGGUACAGAGAUUAUCUGAGUUUGUUUCAUAAUAAAUCUCUCUAA